AUUAAUGUGAUAACAAGUACGUAUUUAAUAAUUAAUUGUAAUGAAUCCAUCCGGCUAUUGGCACUAAUCUGACGAUGGGGUUUCGUUCACAUUCACUUGCAUGGCUAGUCAUUCCAUUUUAAUGGACAACAAUGAAUGAGAAGAAAACCUGUCCGAUAUGGAUCGGGAAAGUUGUGCCCGAAAUAGCCGGGUAUAGAGAAAGUGGGACUGACAUUAAUUGGAUAACUGCUGAGAGAACUGGACCGUUGUGUUGUCGGGUUGCAUCAAUCGUAUAAAUAGCCAUAGUCGAUCGUGAUUAUUUCAGACAUCAGCUUGUCAUUCAAACAACUCGUUUCGUUCAUAUUUUUUGAAUAAUCGACCAACACUGAUUCCCGCAUCAAAUAACUCCUUCACAAUGAUUCAGUUAAUAUUAUCAGCUUGCUUAUUGUUGACCAGCACUUGUUAUGCAGCCGGUGGAUACGGUGGGAGUGGUGGAAGUAGUUAUGGCAGUGGUCUUCUUGGUGGUGGUGGUGGUGGAUCUUAUGGCGGUGGAUCUGCUGGCGGUGUCGUUCAGCCAGUUGCCGGUUUCGGUGGAGGUCCUGUUACAGCAGCUGUACAAUCUUCACAUACGGUUGAGAUCCGUCAUGUUAAUGUGCCGAUGGAAUUGCCUCAGCCCCAGAUCGUUGAAGUAGAAGCUGGUAAUUUACCGCUUACCAUCCAUUUCAAAUCAGCCUCCAGUGCUUUGAAUGUCGUGCAAACACAUCAGCCAGGUUCGGCAGGUGAAGCUCAACAUACCACAUCGGAAGAUGAGCCUCAUAGAUUGGUACACGAAGUUACAAAGCCAGUUAUACAGGAAGUUCGAGAAAUCAUCACACCAUACCGUCGAGUUAUUCAGGAAAUCAAACCUGUCCAAGAAGAAAUCCAAACGAUUAUCGCCAAAGGUGAACCACGUGGAAAUUUGCAAGCAGCUGACUUUGGUGCUGGUUUGGGCGGUAGCAGUGGUUCUGGAUUUUCUUCUGGUUUAGGCAGUGGUAUCAAAGGGGGUGGUGGUUUGAGUGGCCAAUACGCUGCUGCUGCUUCGAACCAACCAACCAGUUCGAUAACACGAGCUUCAUCUUCGUCAAGUAAAUUAUCAGGCAGCUCAUCCGGUCCGUCAUCAGGUGCCGUAUCUUACUUCAACGAUGCUUUAUCGGGCGUUUCAUUCGCACAAGCAGCCGCUUCAUCUAAUGGAGCUUCAACGGGCGGAACCAAAAGCUCACCUGUUUCACAAUCGACAGGUGGAUCCUCGAUUCGAAUUCUAGAAGGUGGUAGUAGUCGAUCUAGUGGAAUGAGCACCAUCAACGCUUACAAAUCCCGUGCCUAAUGAACUGAUGGUCCGUACAACAAGUAAAGUAAUAUCACUUAAUCCAGUCCAGUCAUGUUAUAUCUUUGGAUCAUAGCAUCAUCAUCACAUACGCACACACACACACACACACAUCUGACUUGAUGCUGAUCAUCUAUGAUUGGGCCUCAAAUUCGAGUCAAUUUUUUUUCGUCCACUGAAACUGAUAACACCAAUGAAGUCAGUUUUGGUUGGAUUAAACUCACAAUUCUCAUCAACGACGACAAUGAUAAAGGCACAAAUAAUAGGUGUGCCCAAAACCAUUUGAUCGUACGUGAAUCUAUCCAUCUCAUUAUUAUUGUAUUGUUAUUGAAGA